GAAGAAGCUCACUAGCACCAUCAGCUGGCAAACCUAAAAAGAAAAGCGGGGCCUGGACUCUGCCUCAUUCCUGUUCUCCACCUGUCUCUUUUCUCCCCUUUCCCUGGCUUUGCCAGAUUCCGUCUCCCUGGGCUCCCGCCUCCCCACCCGCCCCUGGAGGGCGGGACUUGGCUGCACCCACGUGUGGUGGAGUUAUAUGCUCCGAGCCCCGCAGAGAAGCUGGGAGUGCAGCACUGAGCCAGAUCGGUUAGAGCAGCGGCACGAUGGCUGGCAAGAAAGUCUGCAUUGUAGGCUCCGGCAACUGGGGCUCUGCUAUCGCCAAGAUUGUGGGCGGCAAUGCGGCCCAGCUGUCACACUUUGACCCACGGGUGACCAUGUGGGUGUUUGAGGAAGACGUCGGGGGGAAAAAGCUGACAGAGAUCAUCAACACACAGCAUGAGAAUGUCAAAUACCUGCCAGGCCACAAGUUGCCCCCCAACGUGGUGGCUGUCCCAGAUGUGGUCCAGGCUGCAGCCGGUGCUGACAUCCUGAUCUUUGUGGUGCCCCAUCAGUUCAUCGGCAAGAUUUGUGAUCAACUCAAGGGCCACCUGAAGGCAAACGCCAUUGGUGUAUCUCUUAUUAAGGGGGUAGACGAGGGCCCUAAAGGGCUGAAGCUCAUCUCUGAAGUGAUUGGGGAGCACCUUGGCAUCCCCAUGAGUGUGCUGAUGGGGGCCAACAUUGCCAGCGAGGUGGCUGAUGAGAAGUUCUGUGAGACAACCAUUGGCUGCAAGGACCAGGCCCAAGGAGAGCUUCUGAAAAAGCUGAUGCAGACACCCAAUUUCCGCAUCACAGUGGUGCCAGAGGUGGAUACAGUAGAGAUUUGUGGGGCCUUAAAGAAUAUAGUGGCCGUGGGAGCUGGCUUCUGUGACGGGCUGGGCUUUGGUGACAACACCAAGGCAGCGGUGAUCCGACUGGGGCUCAUGGAGAUGGUCGCCUUUGCCAAGCUCUUCUGCAGUGGCCCUGUGUCCUCUGCCACCUUCUUGGAGAGCUGUGGUAUCGGUGACCUCAUCACCACCUGCUACGGAGGGAGGAACCGAAAGGUGGCCGAGGCCUUCGUCCGCACAGGAAAGCCCAUUGAGCAGCUGGAGAAAGAGAUGCUGAAUGGGCAGAAGCUGCAGGGGCCCCCGACAGCCCGGGAGCUACACAGCAUCCUCCAACACAAGGGCAUGGUGGACAAGUUUCCUCUAUUCAUGGCUGUGUACAAGAUAUGCUAUGAGAACCAUCCAGUGGGUGAAUUCAUCUGUUGCCUGCAGAAUCAUCCAGAACAUUUGUGAGCGGAGCUGGGGCCAGGCCAGGCAGCUUCUUUACCCCAGUGGAGAUAGUCAGAAGCUUGGGGUACCUGGCCACCAGGAUCUCUGGGACUCUCCAUGGAGCAGCCUCUUCUGGGGGACAGGAGGCUGUGGGGCCCAACUACCUGCCUGGAGAUCCUGAACCAUCAAGCAGCCCGUAGCCUCUUGCCACCACAUCGCGCCAGAAAUGGAGUUGCCUUGUCCCUCUCCAGAUGCGGGGUUUUCUCCUUGUCCUCUGAAAGGGGUAGAAUCACACCCCAGUCCUGUCUGCUUUGGGUGUGUGUGUUGAGGGGAGGGUGAAGGGAGAGGGAGGCAAGGGCUGCCCACUGCUGCCUCUCACACACCAGAAGUCCUGUCCCCAAGCCCAGUUAAAUGGCUAAAGAAGUACCUCAGCCACAAGAGGAAUGAGGUAAGGGCUGCCAAGGAGGGGUCUGGGCUUUUGAGCCGACACAGGCCCCAGGGACCCCUUUGCUCUGACCUCUGCCAAGCCCCACACAGCAUCAAUGGAUCUCAGUGUUUGUUAACAAAAUACAAAGCUCUCAACCCCC